AUGGCGGUGGUCACACACAAUAGCAGUUAUCUUUCAUUAUUAGCAGUAAUACAGGAUGACGCCAAGUAUGGCCGCCAUGGGGUGAGGGUACAGAUCAGCCAGCAGCACCAUGGCCAGAUCCCUUCCUCCCACCGCAGCCGCUCUGCACCAACACGAGGGGGCGCCUCCCAUUACACAGGGAAGGGAGUCGCAUUGAAACCAGCCGGGGAGCACCCCGAAUACUACCGUGGGAGGGCCCAUAGGUCUCCCGCCCGGUACACAGCGAGCCAGGGCUCACACGAUGUACGCUCCCAGCAGAAGGCCGCAGUAGGUCGGCAGUGACGCAGGCAGAAUUAGCUAUUAUCAGGGCUCAGGCCGAGUCUACCGAUUGCCAAACACAUCGUGAACUAACCAGCCACAGGUAGCGAUAGCACCCCCCCCCCACCGGGUUACAGCUUUGUAUUAGCUACCUACCUCGUUGCUCCUCCGCCGUCUACGAGCUACCUCCACGACCGCGGCCGAAGCACAAGAUGAAACCACAGCGCAGUGCAACCUACCCAAAUGGCCCGGGCUCCGAGUGCUAG